AUGCUUCUUCGUAACAUGAUCCCCAGCAGAGGCUUAUGCAAUGGGACACGCCUUCUUACCAAAAAUUUACAUGAUAAUUUUAUAGAUUCUGAAAUAUUAUCAGGAACGCAUAAUGGCCAUUGCGUUUUUAUUCCUCAAAUUGAUCUAUCCCCUAGCGAUUCCCGGUUACCUUUCAUAUUAAAAAGACGCCAAUUUCCUAUUAUUCCUGCUUUUGUUAUCACUAUAAACAAAAGUCAAGGUCAAACAUUUGACAAUGUCGGCCUCUUUCUUCCUGAACCUGUGUUUUCCCAUGCCAACUACAAUCAACAAAAUUUUAAGGCAAGCGCUACAACCAUGGAAAUUAAAAAAACGAAUCAUAUUGAGCAAAACCAUCAAAGAUCCGAUACCAUUAUCACAAACUACAAUCAACGAAAUUUUGGGCAAGCGCUACAACCAUGGAAAUUAAAAAAACGAUUCAUAUUGAGCAAAACCAUCAAAGAUCCAAUACCAUUAUCACAAACUACAAUCAACGAUUUUGGGCAAGCGCUACAACCAUGGAAAUUAAAAAAACGAAUCAUAUUGAGCAAAACCAUCGAUAUUCCAGACGAAUGCUUAAAAAUCUAA